UAUGUAUAUACGUAUAUACAUACAUGUUUAUAUAUACGUAAACAAUGAUUGAUGCUGCUUGCAAUUAUUUAAAUCCUUAUGCAACGGCUUCGUUAGCUGCAACCACAACACAAACAUCUGGCCCUCCGAUUGUCACUACGUUGGCCAAUGGCAACGAAUUCAUAUCAUCUGUCUCUAACACAUCGCCAUACAAUAAUAAGACACUAGUGGUGUCAUCGCCAUCGUCAGCAGUCAGUUACAAUCCAAUGAAAGUGGAAAUGCAAUAUCCGCCACAGCCAUCCUCUACGGGUUCGGUUUCGCCCAAUUCAAGCAUACAAUCAGCUCCAUCGUCGGCUUCCGUGUCGCCUAGCAUUUUUCCUUCGCCCGCCCAGUCUUUUGCAUCGAUUUCCUCGAGCCCACCUUCUUCGGCUACUUCGGCAUCUCCCCUAUCCGGCUCACAUACCGAAUUGGGUGCGGCUGCUGCUGCUAGUGCUGCUUAUUCAUGGAAUACGGCUGCUUAUACAGCUGCAUUGCCUACUAGAACACAAUUUCCAUAUGCACAAUAUGCGUCGGAUUAUUACGGUAAUGUGGGUAUGCCAGCUUCCGCUGGGGCUUGGUUUUCGCAUCAGGAUCGUCUUUAUCAGCCGUGGUCGGGUCAAACAUAUACCAGUUUCAAUUUUGAUGAUAUUGCCUUUCAAACGCAGUUGCAACGUCGUUCGGUGCGUUGCACCUGCCCAAAUUGUACGAAUGAAAUGUCCGGUUUACCACCGAUUGUAGGACCGGACGAACGUGGUCGCAAACAACAUAUUUGUCAUAUACCCGGUUGCGAACGUCUUUAUGGGAAAGCUUCACAUUUAAAAACCCAUUUACGUUGGCACACUGGCGAAAGGCCAUUUUUAUGCUUAACAUGUCAUAAACGUUUUUCUCGAUCUGAUGAGCUACAGCGACACGGACGGACACAUACAAAUUAUCGUCCUUAUGCAUGUCCUAUUUGUUCGAAGAAAUUUUCACGCAGUGAUCACCUUAGUAAGCACAAAAAGACACAUUUUAAGGAUAAGAAAAGCAAAAAAGCUUUAAACGCCGAAGCCAAGGAACAAGCAAAUCCGACUGCAACCGUCGGUAUCAUUAAGCAAGAAAAAUCGACAUCAGAUGGCCAAGAGAAAACAUCUCAAGUCAAGUCUACCAUCUUGUCAACGACAGUAUCAUCGAUUUCAACGGCCCCUACAAUUCCAGAAACCGCCAAGACAGCAAUUGCAUCUGCAGUUACUGUCCGCUCAAAUGCUGUACCACGAACUAAUCAACAAAAUGUACCUCAUUUGCAAUUAAAGACCGAACAACCUGACAUUCCCUCUGGUUAUACACCUUAUCCGAAUUUGUAUCAUCAGAGCUCCUCACUUUUCCAGCCCCAUUUAAGCGGAAGUGGCUCAUAUGGCGCCUCCACGCAACCACCAGCUGCACCACCCACAUUCGAUUUAUGGAAUACUCAUCAUAAUCGCAGUGCCAUUGAACAUCAGCAUCACCACGAUCACCAGCAACAUCAGCAUCAUUCAUCUUCGCCUAAUGCCGGAACACUUAAUACCCCAAUAAUGGCAAAUGCUGUCACAAAUCAUCAACAACAUACUUUACAAAUACUCCAGACCUCUCAUCAACAGCAACACCAACAGCAACAACAUACUCAACAUUAUGCAAAUUUAACAAUGCAAAGUGAAUCUCAACUAGCCGCUGAAUACGGUCUAACGAUGUCAGCACCAGGUGGUGGUUCGUCACCUGUCAGUCAUUCUCAUCAUCCGCACGCCCAUGCACAUUCUCACGUUCACAUGCAGCAUUCGGCGGCUAAUUAUUCCAGCAUAAUUGGCCAGAUGAAAAGUGAAUAUCCAAGUUAUCCUGAAUUUUCUACAACUUCUUCGUAUCCCGCACCGACCUCAGCAUUCCACCAUCAUCCACCCAAUCCAUGGGCUACGGCUGCUGCUUAUCAACAUCCCCACGCUACCGCUUAAAACAUACGAGACCGUGUUUAACUGCUAAUUGUAGCAGCAUUGCUUUUAGGUAAAAAUUAUAGUUAAACUGUAUCAUGGGUUUCUGAUGGAUUGAAAAUAAUGCCAGAGAUU